UGUUAAUAUAUAACUUAAUUUGACAAAGCUAAAUCUCACAAGAUCCCUUAGCCUUGACUUUUUCAUGGAAUCAUUCGCUCCAAAAGAUGGAGCUGUUGGACCACUGAGCAGCUCCAGAGCUGCCAUGUGCGAAGUGUAAUUGAAAGUCCUGCUAUCACUGGGAAAAUCUAAGAUGGGAUAUAUAAUUUACAGAUUGAGCAAGCUACAUUCCCUCUGCUUGGAGUUAUCCUCAUCACGUCUACAUAUUUUACUAAUAAAGUUACAUUUACAGGACUCAAAACAUGUUAUAUGACACUAUAGUUGCCAGAUUUGAAAUGGGAAACUUCUUCUUUAUUGUACUGUGAUUUUAUGUUUGUAUAUUUAUUAUUUUUUCUAUUCCAUUAGAACACUGUUUCACAGAUGGGUCAAAUUAGGUUGUGAAGCACCACCAAGUGAGGGUGGUUGCAUAUAUUAGGCAAGCAGGAGAUGCAGAGGAUAAGUUGCUAUCGCUGAGUAUAUGUGAGCUUCUGUGCCUCCACGGGGCCCAUAACAAGAGGGGGGCCCUCAGAGAGAUAAAGUGUUGGAGUAAUAAAUCAAACACCCCAGGAUGGGGGGCCUGGCACGCUCCAUACUCCACCAUCAGGUCACUGGGAGGUUCACUGAGCUUAAUUCGCCCUAAUAGGAUUACCUGUCACAAGCUGGCAUGCCCAGGCAGCAUCUCAGCUUGUGACACUGUUCACAGCAAGUAGCCGGGAGCAAACUGUUCACGGUUAUGUUUAACAUUCAUGUUGGUUUUAAUGAGAAUUUGUAAAUGUAACACAUUUAAUUCCCAGCAAUCAGACCAUCUAUGGGGUUAUGUGUUGUAAGAUUUAAAUGGUGUAGCAUCAGACGCGUGGAAUGGGGCUGCUGGAUAAACUGUCGGGCUGGCUCGGCCUGAGGAAGAAAGAGGUCAACGUUCUGUGUUUGGGACUGGACAACAGCGGCAAAACGACCAUCAUCAACCAACUCAAACCAGCUAAUCAUUCGAAUCAUUUAGGCCCUUUGUCAGAAGACUGGAAACAUGUUAGUCAGGUACAGGCGCAAGAAAUAGUCCCGACAAUUGGCUUCAACAUUGAAAAGUUCAAGAGUUCAAGCCUGUCGUUCACAGUCUUUGAUAUGUCUGGGCAGAGCAGAUACAGAAACCUAUGGGAGCAUUACUACAAAGAAAGCCACGCCAUCAUCUUUGUCAUUGACAGCGGUGACAAACUGAGGAUGGUUGUUGCAAAAGAGGAGCUAGAUACACUUCUUAACCAUGACGAUAUCCGCAUCAAAAAGAUCCCAGUAUUGUUCUUCGCUAACAAGAUGGAUCUGCGGGACGCAAUGUCUUCUGUGAAGGUCUCACAGAUGUUGAGUUUGGAGAACAUCAAAGACAAACCCUGGCACAUCUGUGCCAGCAAUGCUAUCAAAGGAGAGGGUCUACAGGAAGGUUUGGACUGGCUACAAGAACAAAUUGCACAGUAAGUAUCAUGAAGAUGUUAAUAUGUGAAGUGAUUGUCAUAGAUUGGAUUUCAGUAUCUGGAUGGGAUUUAAAUCAUUGCUGGCCAAAUAAACAGGGUAUUUUGGACUGUAAUUAACCCUAAAUAUUUAUUUUUUUAAAAACCAUGGUAAAGAUAUAAAUCCUGUCCACAUCAGGCUUUUGUGUACUGUACACCAUAGAUACUUACUUGUGGUCUCUCCUUGUGUUGUGUCCACUAUUAUUAGAUGGUUUUUUUCAUUUGUGAAAAGUUCUUUUUUAUAUCCGAACCCUUAGUAAAUCAUGAAAAUAGAACACAACCUGAUUCCAUUGGGAAAAAAUGUUGUUCUUUCACCAGAUCAUAUCAAAACAAUGAGCACAUGACUGACUGAAAUGCCUGUGAGCAUGCAGUGGGAUGCGGUACCUGGACCUCAUUCAGCGUUUGCAGUUUUCAUCACACUUGAUGUUGUAGGCCUUAAAUUUCAAUGUCAAAUAGCAGUAUUUCCUGUGUGUGCUACACCUUUAAGACCAUAUUUACCUUGCAAAAAUAUGUGAUUAGUGUAAUUUGUAUGUGAUUGUUUAAAGCGCCCCCUGAUAGGUACGAAUAUACUGUAAAUCCUUCUGUAUACAUUAACAUUUAAACGUUUUUUAUUUGAAGCUGCUUCUUUUUUAUCCUUUGUUAAGAUGCUUUGUUUCAUCUAUUGAACUAUUUUUCAAAAUGCUGUCAUUGCUGAAUAUUGUACUAUCUUCACAUUAAUAAAAGCUUGUUAUUUGCUGAG